CGUGGGCGGGGCUGGCGUUAGCAUACAUCUGCCGGACGUCUUUCAUCGCCAUUUAGAUUGGAAACGAAAACCCGCUAAGAAGUCACGGGCGCUCCUGGCUUAAUUUGAGCGGCUGUGACCUACUUGCUGCUGUCGUGCCUGGAUUUGGUCCGUCUGUCCGAGGUGUGUUUAAGGGAAUUAGUUUGGAGCAGCUGUUCAGUACUCCGCGCUCGGUGAGCUAUGUCAGUGGCCAUGCUUGUGCGACUGGCCACGCAUGGUGGGUCCCGGAUGUGCCACAGGGUCGUGCUGAAGACCGCCCGGGCAGUGCAGGACGACCCGAGGCGAAUGGUCCACAGCCCGUCGGAAGCUCGUUCCAGCAACUCCCGUUUUGACCCGGACAGCAGCGGCCGCCCCACCACCUGGGACUCUUUUGGGAUUUGGGACAACCGCAUAGAUGAGCCCAUCCUGCUCCCUCCCAGCAUCCGGUACGGAAAACCCAUCCCCAAAGUCAGCCUGUCCAAGGUGGGGUACGCUUCACAGAUUGGCCAGCGCAAAGAGAAUGAGGACCGCUACCAGCUGUCGCAGUUGACCAACAGCAUCCUGUAUUUUGCUGUGUUUGAUGGGCAUGGGGGAGCAGAGGCUGCUGACUUUUGCCACAGAUACAUGGAGCAGCAUAUUAAGGAUCUUGUGGCAGAAGAAGACAACUUGGAGCUGGUCCUGACAAAAGCAUUUCUCAACAUUGACAAGGCGUUAGCAAGGCACCUUCACAUCACUGUAGAUGCCUCUGUGCUAAGCUCGGGCACCACUGCUACAGUGGCUUUGCUGAGAGACGGCAUUGAGUUGGUGGUGGCCAGUGUGGGGGACAGCCGGGCCAUGCUCUGCCGGAAGAGCAAAGCUGUAAAGCUCACCAUGGACCAUACCCCAGAGAGAAAGGACGAAAAAGAGAGGAUUCGUAAAAGUGGGGGCUAUGUGACCUGGAACAGCCUGGGUCAGCCUCACGUCAACGGCAGAUUGGCCAUGACGAGGAGCAUCGGAGACUUUGACCUCAAAAAUGCAGGGGUCAUCGCAGAACCGGAGACCAAACGUAUCACACUACAUCACGUCCACGACUCCUUUCUGGCCCUGACCACGGACGGCAUCAACUUCAUCAUGAACAGCCAGGAGAUCUGUGAUGUCAUCAACCAGUGCCACGACCCCAAAGAGGCAGUACAGCGUCUCUCUGAACAGGUGCUGCAAUAUGGUGCUGAGGACAACAGCACAAUCAUCGUGGUGCCAUUUGGUGCAUGGGGCAAAGAGAAAAGCUCCGAUGUCAGGUUUUCCUUCAGCCGCAGCUUCGUGUCCAGUGGCCGCUGGGCGUAAGGGCGGAAUAGGAAAAAAAGACAAACAAGUGGGCCAGGUGGGAGGGGGAACCUAGUCGACCCGACUAACGUGCAAUACUGUCAGUCUAUGGUGUUAAGGGAACAGGAAAAAGAAACCCACCCAGCAUUCAUCCCCAAAACCAUUCGUUUGGACAUAACCACAUAGUUCUGUUGAGAAACAGUAAAACGAUUUGCUGUUGAACUGCAUCAGGUCUCAUUAGCAUUAUAUACAUUCUGUUAGUGUGCAUUAGGGUACAAAUGAACUGCUUCCGUGAAGAAAAAACAGCAAUUCGUAAAACCUGCACACUAGCCAGAACUGCUGCAGUUAUGGUUGAACAAGUUUUUUGGCAAACAGGCAAUUCACUGUACUUUUCUAUAUGAAUGGUUGCCUCAGUUUUACCUCAGAAUAUUUUUUAAUCCUAUGUAUUUUAGAAUUGUGACUUGAACACUGUUAUAGAUAAGAUGUUGUGUUUUUUUUUUUUUGUUUUUUUUCCCACCAUCAAUUCCAAGCACAUUAAGUGUCAAUGACUUCAAACAUUGCUCACUUAAUUUGGACAUAUUUUCCCAUCUCUGGUAUGUGAAUUUUGGUUGGCUUUCUUUGCUUGACAGUUCAGCAAAUUGUCUUUUGCCUUCAAAUUUGGUGCACCCUAUUGUUUGAUUGUGGUCUUUUACUUGCAUCCAUCCUCAACUUACUCCUUAAAUAUGAACAAACACUCUAGUAUUGCACUUUCCUGGAGGCAGCUGAUAAACUUUGGAUUGUCAAAUGCAUGGUAGCUCUGACGUCAUCAUAACUGUUCACAGCAAUGGAAAACCAGUCUGAACCACUUUAUUUCCUGCAGACCACUGUUAUGUUUCGUGAACUGAUCUGCUCAUCUAGUGCCUUUUGUCUUAAUGGUCUUCUUUUGUUGCGCAAGCACAGUGAUUAUGGUUCGAGAAAUUACCGUUGACGUCUAGGAACAGGACGCUACGACUUGAGCUCGCUCAUUAAUAAUCCACAGAUGUUAAGCUUUGUUGGGCUUGUAUGCAGUAGUCAAGUGCAUUUGGAACAGGUAUGGUUUUGUACUACAUGUUUUGUAAAUAAUCAUAUUUAUAAAUUUUGAUGUACAAAAGAAAAGGCGGUUUAUAUGUGUGUGUGUGUGUGUGUGUGUGUGUGUGUGUGUGUGUGUGUGUGUGUGUGUAUGUAU